UAUUGUGUGAAAAACUGUGACAUGUUAAUCGGUAAUCGAAAAGAAAUAUUAAUUGAAAUAAAAUAACAUUGAUGCAUCAUGGCUGAUUCAUCUUAUGAAAAAGGACUUACGGAACUUUCAAAAAUGAAGGUUGCAGAUUUGAGAAUUGAAUUGAAGCAAAGAGGACUUCCUACUACUGGUAAUAAAACUGAAUUGGUAGAAAGGCUUCAGUUAGCAAUUCAUGGUGAUUCUGCAUUAUCUUUGGAUGAAACUACAGAAGAAAUUUUAGAUGAAGAUGCAGUCCUUGGAGAUGAAGAAAUAGAAGAAUUAUCAAGUAAACCUGAUUCACAAGAAGUUAGUGAAAAAAGAAAAUUAUCUACUGAAAGUAAUGUGAGUGCAAAGAAAAUAGUUCUAAACCGAAAACCAGUAAUUGAAGAAGUCAAGAAUGAACAAACAGAAAAAAUUGAAACUGAUCCAAAAAUCACUGAGACUGCACCACCAGAAAGAAAAAUAAUUAAACUCUCAGAGCUUAGUAUUAAAGAGAGAUUAGAAAUGAGAGCUAAGAAAUUUGGAUUGCCUUUGUCUGAAGCUGCAAAAAAAGAAGUUAGAUCUGCAAGAUUCAGUAUUAAUAACCAAAAUAACAAAUCAGCUGCAUCUGUAAAAACACCUGUGCAUACAACCUAUGAAGUUCUAAAGAAACGAGAAGAAAGGUUUGGUACUUCUGUCUCUAGUUUAAUGGAAAAGGCUGAAUUAGAAGCCAGAAUAGAAAAAAGAAAAGCUAGAUUUGGCGAAGUAAAACCUGCAAAUGAGAAAGUAUUUUAUAAUAAAAUU